AUGAUAUUGAUUAAUGGCCGUGCACUUCCAGCACAAAGUGCAAUAAAUUUACCAAAUAUUUUAGUGACCGAUAAACAGACUGGCCGAGAAAUUCCAUUACGAAUUGGUGUAAGGAAAAUUGUAACCGAAGAAGAAAAUAAUCAAGGUAACAACGGUGGUGGUAAUCAUGGUGAUGGUGGCGGUGAACAAAAUGGUGGUGAUCAUGGCGGCGGUGGUGGCGGUGAACAAAAUGGUGGUGAUCAUGGCGGCGGUGGUGGCGGUGAACAAAAUGGUGGUAAUCAUGGCGGUGGUGGGGGUCAGGCUGGUGGUAAUCAUGGUGGUGGUGGCGGUGAACAAAAUGGUGGUAAUCAUGGCGGUGGUGGUGGGGGGUCAGGCUGGUGGUAA